AUGUUCGUUCAUACAUUAUCAACCACAAAACCUAUCUCAUUCUCGGAUCAAUUGCAUGCAUCUUCACUUACACUAGAAUUAACACAAACGACAGAGAAGCGAUCCAAACUACAACAACUAUUAAAAUCGAUCAAAGAUGAAAAAGUGAAACAAACAAGCACAGGCAAGAGUAAGGAUGAGGAUGCUCCACCGUUGCUAACACAGAAAGAUUGGCUAAAAGUAGUUCAAGCGGCGGAAGAUUACAUGCCAAUGGUGUAUGCGAUCGAUCGAUGUUUGAGAACGGACGAUAUUUUGAUGAAUGGAGAAUUGGUAUUCAAUUGGAAAGAAACAUUGACAGCAUCGACCAAUAAAACACCUUUGCCAGGUAUUCAAGGAGAGCUGGUUCAUGUUCUGCUGUUAAACGGAAAGGCUACCUGCAAUCUAGCAGCUACACUUGUUGCAUCCGUUGGCAAUUACGAGAUCACAGAAGCAGCCAUCCUUAGUGAAGAUGAGCGAAAGAAGAAGGAAGAGAGGCUGAAAUUCGGAGCAGAUCUAUUAUGCAGAGCGGCUGGAAUGUUUGAAUUCGCGGGAAACGAUCUGAUGAAAGAGUGGGAAAACGAAGUCGGUCUGGCAAGGUUGAGUCAAUUAGGCAGAAGCGCAGAAUCAACACGAGAAAUGUGUACCGCUUUGGCAAGAUUAUCACAAGCAGAAGCUGAACUGUUGGCCAUCAGAAAGCUUCUCUCUCCCACGAAUUGCUAUCAAACAGCAACAAGAACAUUCGCUCCUCCGCUUCCCUCCUCACAUCCUUCGCCAAGUCUACUAUCGAAGCUAUACCUCAAUGCAGCAUCUCAGUUCGAAUCUGCCCUCUCGCUAGCACAAACCGCCUGCAAUGCUAUCGGGGUCCGGUCCGAUGACAGCACAGCACCGGGAGGAAGUGCAUCAGAAGAUCUUAAAUUAGCUGCAUCAUCAGGUUUCAAGGCUAGGUUGGUAUCCAAAUUGGGUUCAUCAAGAGGCAAAUUGAUGGAAGAAUCUACGCGAAGUGGAAAGUUGAGUGUUGGAUUUGUGAAAUAUCUUACAAAGAGUAUCUUUGCUAGUCAAGCACGCGCUUAUGUAUGGUUAGGUGUCGAUAAAGGUGAAAGAGGACAAUAUGGAGAAGCAAUCAGUUUCUUACGAUUGGCAAAAGAAGAAAUCGAAGGUAUUUCAUCUGGCAACAAGAUUAGCUUACACCCGAAAGAUGACAGAAAAAAAGACGAAAAGCGAAAGUUUACGCAAGAACGAGAAAGUGUGCUGAAAUUGAUUGCAGAUUGGACAAAAGCAUACACUCAACUGAACGACACUGUAGGCUUUCAACCUAUACCGCCCACAUCUUCACUUUCCUCACAAAUCCCUGCUGGUAGAGGAGCAACGGCUAGCAAACCGUACAAGCUUCCUGUACCCGCUUUUGGCCCUGGCUCUGUUGGCUUUGUAUCAGAGGGCAUGCAGAGAUGGAAAGGAAUGAGUGAUGGCGAUUCGAAUGGUGAAUUGGGUGGACAGGGAUCCGACGGGAAUGCCGUUGAAGAGGAAUAUGCCGGGCAAGGGGCGUAUUAUUAGACGUCAAAACGAAUUGCUCGCUAUCACACACUGUACUUUUAGAUGCAAUGCUGAAAGCAAAUGCUCAAACAUUAGAUUAAUAAUACAUUUGUACAAGUACACAAUUGACUGAGAAUCUGAUUCAUGUCGAUUUGACUGUUUUUUGUGUGAAUUGCUCAAGCCAUUGACGCAUGACCAUUCGCUGAUAAUCCAGAACGAUCG